AUGACUAAAUGCACACUAUCUGGUGAACAGACUUUGUAUGAAGGAUUGAUUUUAAAUUCAUGUGAACCAGGUUAGUGAAUUAAUACGGUGAGCGUGAAAGCCUCGCCGGAACAAUUUUGAUAUCUGAUCAUGAUUACGAUCGAUUUACCUUUGUGCUUUGUCUAGUAAGUCUUUGUUGUGUUCCGGUUUUGUUUAUGUGUCAUUACGAUCAGAUCCGAUUCCCGGGCAUUCCAGUGAGACGUUGUAGAUUUAGUGGUAUAGGCGUGGAUGGAAAUGCAUUUCAUCGUUUGAAGACAUGUCACAAAAGCUCCUAUUUAUCACACCUUUCCUCAAAACAAUUAUUCUUAAUCGACACAUACCGGUUGAAGAAGUAUCUGUCUACAGGCUGACACGGUUCAUCACCGAACUUUUACAUUCACUCAUUGAUUCAGUUUUGCUGUUUAUUUAUUCGAUCUAAAUCUUGGAAACACUUUUUUGCCAACAUGUCCAACAGUGGUAUGGUAUGAUAAAGCGUUAUUAUUAUAGUUUAUUUUGUAUAUGUUUAGUCGGUGUCAAGGAGACUUACCUGAUAGCUUUCAAUUUCAUUCUUUCGUGCUGGGCAAAGGAUAAACAAAAAUUUACAUGCGAGAAUUCCACUUUUGAUUUGAACAUAGAAGCUUAAUUAUUCUAAGGUGGACAACUUUAAUUUGUAAAAACUAUAAAACACAGAAUUGUAGACAAUGACCUAAGAUGGACUUUGAGCAUACACAUCCUCAGAGGUAUGUUUGGACAGGUUAGGUAAUUUUCUUGAAUAUAUUUCUCAGUUUUAUAGAUAUUUUCUUAGACCCUUGAAAGAAAGAGAGCUGCCUUGAGUGGUCUUAUAAGCUGGGGUCUUUGAAGUUUACUCAGUACGACAGUAAACCUCUUAAAAAAGAUAGAAGUUCCAACAAGUUAUGUAAUUUGUAUAUUGAAGAUUUUAAUUAUAUACUAAGUCUCAAGAAUGGUUUACAUUUGUUUGAAUUAGGUUUGACAAAAAACUGUAGGGGUCUUAUAUUUUUGGUAAAUCUUGCUUUUGCAGGAAGUAUCACUCUGUUAAGCUUCAGACUCUAGACUGGGGCUAAAAUGUACACAACAGACAACUUAACUUGAGAGAGUGUCAUUUUUCUCUCGCAUUCAUUAACAUUUCUGGAAAGUUAAUUAAUUUUGAAAUAGGAGCAGUAUUCCUACAAUAGUCAAACAGAAAUACUGACUUUCUUUUUUUUAUCUGCUUUUUAGAAAUCAACAGAAGAGAUAAUAAAAAUGGCUGAUUUCUGGAGAUAUCUUUCAUUUUAUUUUUGGUACCGUCGAGUGAUGAAGAUUAUUCUUCAUUUUUCUACUGGCCAAUGUGAGUUACAGCGAAUUUGUUACAAAACAAGACAUGGAGCAUUGAGGACUGGCCAAGUUGGUAAGUAAAAAUAUAAAAAUUGAGAAAAAUAAUUUAAAUUGGAGUCUCUUUUCAUCUUUAAUUUUCUGGAAUAUUCAAUUGGAGAUGAAUAAGGGAUACUCUUUCACAUGACUUAUGAGAGGUUUUGUUUUAAUCAUACACUUACAGAUCUUUAUUUUUCAGAUGGGAGACCCUGAACUUAUUUGUCUUUAGGUUUUUUCAUUUUGAUCAAGCUUAAGUAGAAUUAAAGAAAUAAAUACUUUAAACCUUUUUGAAUUAUUUAUCUAACUUUUUUACUUUUAAAUGUCAUUUAAAUUCAACAGAAAAAUCAUUGAGGCAGUCAAAAUCCAAGGUUAGUUAUUGAUUGAUAAACAAUAGGUUAUAAUGGUAAUGUUGUGGUUCAAUUUUAUCCUUGGUUCAAAUUUUAUUUUCUUUUGUUUUUGGGUAUUGUAAUGUACAAUAAUGAGUUUGAAACAAAAGAAAAUAAAAUUUGAACCAAGGAUAAAAUUGAACCACAACAUUAAUAUCUAUUUAAACCCUUUGACAACUUAUUUUUUAUCACUGCAUCAUCCCACUGAAGCUUUAAGGUGACAAGAAGAUAGAAAAAUGUUGGUCAAGAGAUAUGGUUUGAUCAAGCUCCAAUUUCUCAUAGCCCAGAUCACAAGAAGGUUAAAGGAAAGAGAAUUGAUAAAGAGAUCUAGGAAGUAAAGGGGUUAAGUAAUUCACCCAUCUCUGACUUCAUUCUCUUCUUACUGUGUACACAAGUGUAGAGAUUGUAGCUUUUUUUGAAGACAGGGCAAACGGUGUAAUUUUUAAUCAACUAGUUCAAUCUUUGUUCUCGAAUUGUUAGGAACUCUCAGAUUUAGUGGAUGCAGCAAAUGUGGAUAUCCAGGAAGCACUGGAAUUGAUUAUAGGAGUCAAAAAGAUAAGAAGGGCACAGGAAAGUGUGUAAGUGGGUUUAGAUUGUAAGGAGACCUUACUCAUACUAAGUGAUGCAGUUAAACUUUUGUAUGGACAAAAGAAAUUACACAGAUUGUACUCAGAAAACCGUGAACAUCUGAAAUAUUUUUGGAGGUUUAUUGGAGCUCAGGAAGCUCAAGUAAACCAUGAAACCACAAACCAAUUACCACUAAUGCCUACAGAUUAGUGCACUUUCUCUUUCAAUGCAACAUCAUUCCAGAAAUAUUUUUGGUUUUCCUGGUUUUAAUAGGUUCUUGUUAAUAAGUCUACUAUUUCAACCAAAGUUUCUGCACAAAUCUUGACUAGAGGCCAAUUUUUAUUGAGCUUUUUUUUUCUCUAUUAAUAUUUUUUAUGUAAAGCUUUCUGAAGUAGGUAUUCUCAAUAAAGAUUUACCUGUUAUCUUUUAUUUUUAACCAUAUAGUUGAUACUAUGUUGUAGUUCCAGAAUCUAUCCUUUGGGUUGGUUGUGUUUUUUCCAGACAGUUACUGUUAUUUAUGUCUUUUGAAUAUUAGGCAGAUGUACACUCAUUUUUUUGUGAUCUUUUCAAGGUGAUACGUUUUAGUGUGUCUCAUAUUGAAUUUUUUAACCAAUCUCUUUCAGUUUUGUGGACUCCAUGUCUAUCUGCCUGAGUCAGAUAUGUGGUUAUACAGACCUUUGCUAUGAUGCUGAACAGUUGAGAAAGCAGCCAUACUCAUCUGAUGAUGCCAGCCAUGAAGAGAAGUUAAUGCAGGUGCUGUUGUGUAUGAAGUUUGCUCUUAAUGAUUUAAAAUAUUGUGUUGUUUCUUUUAAGCAUUUUUUGGUGUAAACUGACCAAGUUUUUUUUUUUUUAAUACAAUAGCUCUGGAAGCUUAUGAUGCCAGAUACUCCACUGAAAGAGAGAAUCAGUAAGCAGUGGGGAGACAUUGGUUUCCAAGGAAAAGACCCCAAGACCGAUUUUAGAGGAAUGGGUAUGUUGUUCUUAAUCCUUUGACUCUCAAGAUCUCAUUAGUAAUUCUCUUUACUGUCUGCCAUAUAGUUCUUGUGAUGUAAGUUUGGAGAAUUUGGUUUUGGAUCAACUAAUAAUCCCUUAAUUAAAUUUUUUUAUUCUCAUCACUUGUCUGCUUGAUAUUUUAUUGAUAUUGUAAGGAGAAAUUCUGUCUUGGUCACUCAUGGGAGUUAAAGGGAAAACCUUUCAAGCCCUAUCAUCUGAUUGAUUCUCCUCUCCACCUAUUACAAAUUUCCUUGUAAAUUAGUUUCAAGAAUUUGGUGUUAGAUCAAGAUAACAAUUUCUACCUAAUAAAUUUGAGUGUUCUCUUGACCUUUUUUCAAUUUUCAAGCAUUUGAAUUGAUAGGCUACUUUUUUAUUUCAGGUGUCCUUGCACUGGAUAAUCUAUUGUAAGUAUAUUUAAUGAUGUUUAAGUUUAAGUGUAUUUUGUUUGUUUUGUAUUUAAUGUCAGCAUUAAUCUGAGAUUAAUUUCUUGUUAUCUCAUCUGUUUUUAAAUUUAGAUAUUUUGCAUUAAAACACACACCUGCAGCAAGGAAAGUUUUGUCUCAAUCUCAUCAUCCACACUUCUGGUGAGCUACAUCUGAAAAGUUGCCAAUUACUGCGUGUUAUUUACUAGGAACAAGUACCUUACCCAAGAAGGGCUCAUCUAAGCGAUAACCAUGAUGGUGUUUGACUGAAUUUCAAGGAUUCUUGUAGCCCUUUCUUGAUUGGCAUCAAAUGACUAGGGAAAUUUUCUGUUACUAUUCCUGCUUAUAGAUUUUCACUUUGAUUUUUUGCAAGGUACCCUUUCUGCAUAAAUGAAUGUUCAAUUAAUGGUUUGUCUCAUGAUGUCAGAGUCAGGUUAAUCAAUUGUGUAUGGAUUGCAACGUUUCAAUGCAGUGUUCAGGGCACUUACUGUCAUCAUGUCUCCACCUGUGUUUUUGGUUAACAUAAUCAUGAUUAUUCUUUGCCCCUAGGUUCUCUUAUGCCAUUGCUGGUAUUAAUGUCACUUCACUAGCUCUUCAGUUUUUGAACAAAGGAUCUCUCAGAAGUCAUUUCUACAACUGCAAACAAGGCAAACCAACAGUAGAGGACUUUCAUGAAGUUUAUAGUAAGUAUUCUUUGGAUAUCUUGGUCUAGAAAAGGCAGCAACAGCAACUACCAUUAUUAUCAUGCCUAUUUGAAUAACUCACACUGAGGGAAGGUGUACUUACAUGAUGGAAUGGUUAUUAAAGGUGUGGGUUCUUAUUUGAGUUGAAGCUCGAAUUCAAGGAAGUUCAUCUACUGUACAAUAUUUUAUUUCAAGUUGGACUGUGUAAGAUAUCUGUAAUGACAAAUUUUUUCUGAGUUGAACUGUAGUUCAAGGUAAACUCUACAACUAAGGAAUAAUUGAAGGGUGACAACAUAAAUAAGAAAUAGAGUGCUGUGCGUGACCACAGAUAGUGGGGAAGCCAUCAAUUGCCCCAGUAUGAGAAUUUAUUUCAUGGCAAGUUGUUGGUAUUACUGUAAAGUACUAGAAUGUACUCUCCUUAAUUAAUGUAGCAAAUAUGUUAAUUUUUUUUUCUCUUUCCAGGUUAUUUGUUCUUUGAGUUCAGUGCAUUUUGGAUCAAGGAGGAACCCGAGAGUGUCAUGAUUUUCAACGAAGUCAGGGAUAAAUUUGCUGACAAUAUCGACACACUUCUCUCAGACCCAAAUACUGUUUUGGAAUUAAAAUAUACAUCCAUACAGGAUUCUGCUUCUUUAUCAUCUGUAUCUACAGUGGGGUGA